GCGCAGCGCGAGGCCAGUCCGAGAACGCGACCCUAACACUAACAUCCGGUGUAUUCCGAGAGUCGGAAACGGAAACGGCUGCUUGAUCGAUUAAUCGACACACGCCACCAUGAAGAUCGCUCUGCUGCUGCUGCUCGCCGCGGCCUUCGCCUCAGGCCAAAGGAUCACGACGAUUCAAUUGGAUGGCGUGCAAUACUUCGUUUCAAGGAUGAAUCCCUACAGUCCCGAAUUGAACUAUUUCCUGGCAUACCAAUAUUGCCGUUCACUGGGUCUCCAGUUGGCCUCUUUCGAGACAAAGGAAAAAGCCGACACGAUGACGCAGUACUUGAAAAACGCCGGCUACGUUAAAUACGACUUCUGGACGUCCGGCAACAAGUUGGGCACGGACAUGUUCCUGUGGAUGAGCACAGGUCUUCCCUUCAAUGCCACCUUCGACUACAUGUUGAGGCGACCUGGCAACAGACCUGCUGACGUCCCACCCGGCACUGAGCCUCAACGAGUGGCGCGUGAAAGCGGUGACAGCGGGAGCGCGGACGGAUGCGUCGCCAUGGUGGCACCCACGCUAGCCUGGGAGGCGCAAGAUUGUACCCUGGUUAAGGACUUCAUCUGCGAGCAAACAAGAUGCUACUACUACAACUACGGAAGCAUUCCAGUCUCUGCGACUCAGGGAAAUCGCAGACCCUAUAUAACAACGACCUCGGCGCCAGCCAGCGACGACCAGGUCGACGAGCACGAGAUCGAAGGCAACACCGGCAAGAACGACGAGCAAAAUCAGAGUAGCGUCGACGAGAAAUCAACACCGGAGGAGGAGGAGGAGGAGGAGAGCUCCUUUGAAGAGAAAUCGCCUGAAGAUCCGGUCGUCAGCAGGCUUAUUACCACGGCCGUUCCCGCGUCUGACAAGCAGCAAUCCGCCGCAUCGACACCGUCCACCCCCUCGGCCGCCGUCACCGAGGACCACGAGCAACCGACCGACAACGCCGAUCCGGACAACGCAAGGCCCGAGCAUCUUCUCGACAUAACGAGCCUGUUCACCGACACACCAGGCCCCCAGGCCAGAAAGGACAACGUGUUCGAGGGGCUUCAAACCCGCGAGGUUCACCGCUCGUCUCUACGCUCGGCCUCCAACAUGAAGGCCGAGCAUCGAGAGUCGCCCGAUUACUUGGAGGUGCGGGGCGAGACCGAGGCGCCCAACAACGGUUUGGAAGACGCUCACACGGUCGGCCCUUACGACAGCGUCCAAGAUUACUACGUGAACGACCAGCCGGAGGCGGGCGAGCCGUCCAUGAUGAAGGAUCAGGACGACGACAGCAGCACGAUCCUGCCAGAAGCGGAACCGGCCUACAGGUACAACAUCAAAGUGCGCACCAACGGAAAAGUAUUAGACCCUCCGUCCAAGUAACGCUUUACAAUUUAGGCAAUCGUCACGAUUAUUCGUCGAUGAGUGAUGAAUAAGGGAGAUUCUUGAAGGAACUAGAUAUAUUAAUACGUACGUUAUUUUAUGUGUAUAAUCGCGGACAAUAAUCGCGCGACCAUCGCGAUGAUUGGUGGGGAGUUCGCCGCCAUUCAUCCGUCUCGUUCUGAUUUCGAAACGAAUUCCCGGUAGUGCUCGUCGGAUUUCAUUCACGCCACGUUCAUCAUCGUCGUCGGGUCGACAGAAGGAAAAAAACGUUUUUUACAUCUCGUUUUCAUUCGUACUCUCGCGUAUUCAAAACCAUCAGUGAAUAUAACAACAUGAUUUCUAAAACGAAUUUCGUUGAAACGUUGAUUCUUUUCCUUCUGGCCCCGAUCCCCGACGAUAACCGACCGACGUCGUUCUCGCAAGGGCAUUCACUCCACUUCCGUUCAAUUCGGUCUUUUAAUCGUCCACGAGAGUGGCACCGGCGGACACGUGACGGCUCCAUUCUCCUCCUAUCUCUUUACCCGUCUUUUCCUUUCUUAUCGAGCCACGUAUCACUUAAUAUCGACUUGUAGAUGAUAGAAGAGGAGGGGGAUCAUCCGCGUGGCAUUGAGCCAGCGACGGCUUGAUUGAAUCAUCGUUGUUCUUUAAGGACAACGGAAUAAUCGUCAUCACGCAGGGUUUGGCAGGUUUGGUCCGCCAGUGUCACGAAUAAUAAUCUCAUUCGUAUCGGUGAAUAAUCAUCUUAGUUCUAAUGUAAUCAUAUUCGUACGUCCGCAAGAUGAAACGUUUUGCCGAUUCGAGAUCUUCUCUUUAAUGUGAAUGGGAUCGUAACGAAGAAUAUCAUCGGACGUGGAAAAGGGGAACGAAGGAGACGCAUUAAACGUUUCGGUCAUCCGGACGUAUGAGAAAUCGGCAAUCAACGCGUAUAUCGACAUCUCGAAAUGAUUUUCUAACUAUUACGGUAGGUAAUCAUCGACACAUGGAUCUUGAAUAUCAUUGCGUAAAUACGGCGCGAAUGUUCAACUUGUGUAAUUGAAUAUUAAUAAAGGUAACGAAACACAUUCUUACGA